GAAACAUUUAUACAAGGAAGCAAGAAACUGAAGGAAUUCUUCACUGAGUUGGUUUCAGAUAAAGACCAGCUGGGUGAUGAUCCACUAGAAUAUAUGAUGCAAAUGCUGACUGCAAAUGACUUUAACUCAUUGCUAAUAACAACCAUAUACUUUCUCGACGAACACCAAGACCUAAGGAAAGAACACGUGAUGGCUAUUUUGAAAAUUAAAGGUGACGUCAAACACAAAGAGAAAAAGGACCUUUUAAUUUAUAUAAAAAACAGGAAGACUCUUUUUGGAGAAAACAGGCUGAAGUUUUUUGAAGAU